AUGGCGGCUCGCGGUGUGGGACUGUUGACCCGUGUGCCCCUAUGUGCCCAGGGACGAGGUCAAGUCCAGCGUCCUAUUCACCGACUUCUCAGUUGUCCAGGAACUGUGGCCGCCGACCUCAGGAGGGAAGAGCAGACAUCGGGGAAUGUGGAGACAGGCUCUGCAGACAGGCUUGUCCAGAAGAGAUUCUCUGAGGUGCAAAAAGAAAGACGAGAACAGGCACAACGGACUGUUUUGAUAAAUUGUCCAAAUAAAAUCAGUGAAAAAAAGUUUCUCAAAUAUUUAUCCCAACAUGGCCCUAUUAAUAAUCAUUUCUUCUAUGAAAGCUUUGGUCUUCAUGCUGUUGUAGAAUUUUGCCAAAAGGAAAGUGUAGCUUCGCUGCAGGAUGCCACUUAUACCCCAGGCCUGGGCGCAGAGGCUGCCAUCCCAUUCAGAUCCCGUUUCUUCAGUGUAAAGUUGAAGACUGCAGAAAAUCAGCCUUCUGAGCGGUCUAAUGUGUGCUGUACUAAUCAGUCACCCCCUACAAGCAGGAAGAUUUUUGAACUACUUUGUUACGCAGAAAGUAUAGAUGAUCAGCUGAACACACUUUUGAAGGCCUUCCAGCUGACAGAGGAGAACACUAAGCUUCGGUACCUGACCUGCUCUCUCGUUGAAGACAUAGCAGCUGCAUAUUUUCCCUUCUGUGCAAUCAAGCCAUUUGGCUCCUCAGUGAAUAGUUUUGGGAAACUAGGGUGUGAUUUGGACAUGUUUUUGGAUUUAGAUGAAACCAGAAGACUCCAUGCUCAAAAGACCUCAGGAAAUUUUCUGAUGGAAUUUCAAGUGAAAAGUGUAUCUUCAGAAAGAAUUGCAACUCAGAAGAUUCUGUCUGUGAUUGGAGAGUGUCUUGACCAUUUUGGCCCCGGCUGUGUGGGUGUGCAAAAAAUAUUAAAUGCUCGAUGCCCGCUUGUGAGGUUUUCUCAUCAGGCCUCUGGGUUUCAGUGUGACCUGACCACUAACAAUAGGAUUGCCUUGAAAACAUCUGAACUCUUGUACAUGUAUGGUGCCUUGGACUCCCGAGUAAGGGCCUUGGUGUUCAGUAUCCGAUGCUGGGCUCGAGCACAUUCACUCACAAGUAGUAUUCCUGGUGCUUGGAUUACAAAUUUCUCCCUGACAAUGAUGGUCAUCUUUUUUCUCCAGCGAAGAUCACCUCCUAUUCUUCCAAGUCUAGAUUACCUACAAACCCUAGCAGAUCCAGAAGAUGAAUGCAUAAUAGAAGGCCACAACUGUACAUUUACUGGUGACUUGAAUAAAAUUAAACCUUCAGGAAACACAGAGACACUAGAGUUACUACUGAAGGAAUUUUUUGAAUACUUUGGAAAUUUUGCCUUCAAUAAAAGUUCCAUAAAUAUUAGACAGGGAAAGGAACAAAACAAACCUGAAUCUUCUCCUCUGCACAUUCAGAAUCCUUUUGAAAUUUCUCUCAACAUCAGCAAAAAUGUAAAUCAAAGCCAGCUGCAGAAAUUUGUAGAGCUGGCCAGAGAAAGUGCCUGGAUUUUACAACAGGAAGAUAAAGAUCGUCCUUCCCCAUCACGUAAUCAGCCCUGGGGGCUGGCCGCGCUCUUACUGCCAUCUGUGUCAAAUAGUAAGUUUCUUGACAAAAAGAGAAGGAAAAAGCCUGCCAGUGAAAGAAUUAAAAACUUGUUAGACUCUAUAAAAGGUAGCAAUACAGAAAAUUCCAGAAACACCAAUGGCAAAAGAACAGUUAGUACUCAGGCAUAA